GAUAUAGUCGUUCACUGGGUGUUCCUUUCAAGUUCGUCAUUAAUAUGUAACGUCCGUCUUCAGUGGAACCAUCCCCCAUUCCCCGCGUGCAUCGUGAUCUGGCGGAUGCGGGUAGCCACUCGAAGAAGCAGGGUCCGUCACCUCCUGUCAGCGUAACGGAAGGAAAAAUUUACAAUUUACGGAAUAUCUGGAAUCCUCCUGCUAAUUUCCCACUGGUGAACGGAUUCACGGACAGAGUUCCACAGGGACAGCGCUAGCCAGGGGGGUUUAUGGAAGCCUGUUUUUCCAGGAAGAGAAGUGCAUGAAGAUCCCUGCUCUGCUGCAGUCUCGUACAGCUCCCAGCCCGCUCUAUCACAGCUAGGAAAAUGUCUGGUUCCUACGAUGAAUCCGCCAGCUUUGAAGAGGCUACAGACAGCUUCUGGGAGGUGGGGAACUACAAGCGUGCGGUCAAGCGGAUCGACGAUGGACACAGGCUCUGCAACGACCUCAUGAACUGCAUCCAGGAGCGUGCCAAAAUCGAGAAAUCCUACAGCCAACAACUGACCGACUGGUCCAAGAGAUGGAGACAGCUGGUGGAGAAAGGUCCUCAGUACGGCUCAGUGGAGCGUGCCUGGUUGGCGGUAAUGACGGAGGCGGACAAGGUGAGCGAGCUGCACCAGGAGGUGAAGAACGGUCUGCUGAACGAUGACCUGGAGAAGGUGAAGAACUGGCAGAAGGACUCCUUCCACAAACAGAUGAUGGGCGGCUUCAAGGAGACCAAGGAGGCUGAGGAGGGCUUCAAGAAGGCCCAGAAACCCUGGGCCAAGAAAGCCAAGGAGCUGGAGACUGCGAAGAAGGCGUAUCACCUGGCCUGCAAAGAGGAGAAGCUAGCCUCCACCCGGGAGGCCAACAGCAAGGCCGAGGCCUCCGUCACACCCGACCAGCAGAAGAAGCUCCACGAGAAAGUGGACAAGUGCAAACAGGAUGUGCAGAAGGCUAAGGAGAAGUACGAGAAGGCUUUGGAUGAGCUGAGCAAGUGCACACCACAGUACCAGGAGCACAUGGGGCAGGUGUUCGACCAGUGUCAGCAGCUGGAGGAGAAGAGGCUAAGCUUCCUCCGGGAGGUGCUGCUGGACAUCAAACGCCACCUCAACCUCACCGAGGACCAAAGUUAUGCCUCAGUGUACCGGGAGCUGGAGAGGACCAUCAACGCUGCCAGCACUCAGGAGGACCUCAAGUGGUUCAGCAACAACCAUGGCCCCGGCAUGCACAUGAACUGGCCCCAGUUUGAGGAGUACAACCCGGAUGUGGCCCACACUGUCACCAAGAGGGAGAAGGUGAAGAAACCCAAUGAGGCUGUCAGCGCAGUGGGGGAACAUGUGAUGGCCCAGGCGGGAGACCGGGGCAGUGUGAGCAGCUACGAUAAGAACCAGGCGUACUCCACGGAGUGGUCUGACGAGGAGCAGCCGGCUUCACAGUCGGGCAACGAGACCAACGGCGGGGCCAACCCGUUCGAGGAGGAGCCCAGUCCAAGUCCCAAGGGCGUGCGCGUGCGGGCGCUGUACGACUACGAGGGCCAGGAGCAGGACGAGCUCAGCUUCAAAGCCGGGGAUGAGCUCACCAAGCUGGAGGACGAGGAUGAACAGGGCUGGUGUAAAGGUCGCCUGGACGGCGGCAGGGUGGGCCUGUACCCCGCAAACUACGUGGAGCCCAUCUAAGGAGGACCUAUGGGGAACCCCAGACUGGACUGUCCAAUUAUACUGCACAUAGACCGAGACCUAAGAGCUACACUCCCCUGGCCGGGCAGACUCCACCUAAAACACAACUUUAGCAUUUAAAGGACAGUAUACACACAGAUCACAUGUAUCCAGGCAUACGGGCGGUUUCAGAACUACAGAGCAUACAGCAACAGUAGGCUACACACAUAUAUAUCUGUCAAUAUACCACCAUUCAGGCAAGUGCAGGGAUACGUUUUGCAUUUUUGUGUACCCGUGUUCAAUAUGAAGUUUGUGCAGAUGAUAUGACAUUUGUGUAGCGGUAUGUUCUCCUAUAAACAAUAUGAGUAUUAUGUAGUCAAUGGCGCCCUCAUAGCCACGAAGAGCUAUGCAGUGUGCGGUGUGUAUAUUUGAUGACAUUCUUUCGUGCAGCAGUCUCGAAGCUAUGCGUGUACAGUCCUCAUCCCUGCAUUGUUACUUUGGCGUAGCGAGGCUACGCAAUGUUUUUUUUUUUUUUUUUUUUUUUUUUCCGGUUCAGUUAGGUUCCUGUCGGCAGUGCGUGCUAAGCUGUGUAUGGUUGUUUUUCUCUCCUUCCGUGUCCGAGUCCGUUUCCGUAGCAGCAUGUGCUACACUGCGUACGCCCCCUCCCCCCUGCGAUUGGAUGACUUUGGUGUCGGCUCCACCCACCCCUCCCUCCCCCCGCCCCUUCAGCAGAGUCUGAACUGAGGCUUGGAAUGCAGUGAUUGGACGACGGCUCGAACCUGUGUUCUCCUAGGAAACGAUGGCUUUUUUUGACCUGUCAUCAAACGAAAAGCUCUGUUUUUUGUUAACAUCUUGUGUUUUUCAGUGACUUGUUUAAUACCGAUUCCCCCAAGACUUUUUUUUUGUGGUGUUUUUAUGGUAAAGCACACACGCAUGAAAAAUGAUAAAAUUAUGUGCUGCCCCAUCCUCUCUCUCGCUCUCGUGCUCUAUCUCUCUCUCUCUCUCUCUCUCUCUCUCUCUCUCUCUCUCUCUCUUUCUCUCUUUCUCUCUCUCUCUAAUCCAUCUUAUGUUUACAGAAAUCACUUCCUGUUUGAGCUUUUUGAAGACUGUUGUGGUUUUUAAAUGUGUUCUGAUGACAUCAUAAUAUAGCCCCCCCUCCCCCCUCCACUGCACACCCAGAUAUUAUUAUUUAUUAUUGUGCCAUAGAGCUGAAUGGCCCAGGCUAUGCCAUCCAAAUCUAGUGUCAGUUAAGGCUGGAGUUGCUGCCAUUUUGUGCUGUACGUCAGCUAAGCACCGGAAAGGGUCCCUAACCUGCCCCGGCCCCAGUGCAUUCUGGUAUUUCUCUCUUAUAGUCUUCCACCCAAAGCAGAGAUCAUUAGAAUAGUCACAGAAUAGUCCUAAGGUCCAGAACAAGCACGACAAAGGCAAAACAUCAACAGUUACACCCUCUAAUGACCCCUCCAAAAUCCAGCCAAUCGAAAACCAGUCCCAGGUCCGUUCAGGAGCAAUGACCUUUUCUGUUAACCUGGUUCCCCCUUAGCUUUUAGCUCACCAUACAGUACGAAACUGGCACCCUAAUCUGAGAACGUUCAACUGCGGUCUGCGCCCCUAACAUCAGUUCAAGGGAGGGUUUAGUCUGCUUUAAUUGUAUUUUCUCAUGUACCUUUCUGUGAACUGUGCAGUAGUGUGGAGGAUCUAUCUUUGCUAACCCCCCCCCCAUUGAAAUCACAAAUCCACAUUGUAUGUAAUAAGUGAUGCAAUAGCAAUUCUACUGCAUGUUAUAACAUGCAAAACAAUAAGACUCAUCACAGGUUUUAUUCUAAUGACCAUAACAUUCACACUACUUUCUGGCAGUGUCGUGAAACAUUCUGCAUUCUUGUGUGGUCUGAGCUCAGUGAGGCGAGAAUGCAUUGAAUUUUUUUGGUGACCGGGAAGUUUGCAACCCUGGUCAUGGAGAGCUACAGGGUCUGCAAUUUUUAUUUUUGACCUGAAAAUCAGCACCCUGUUGAGACCCAAGUAACCAGGUGAGGUGAAUUAAGUGUGUAAGCAACUGCUCUAAUUGACAAAUUAAGUCAACAACAAAAACCAGUGGAGCCUGUGGCUCUCCAGGACCAGGGUUGGAGACCCCAGCCAUGUACCAAACUGUGCACAACCCUGGGAGCAGACAUGGAAAAUCCAGGUCCAAAAGGUAAAAGUCCUCCCCAGUAUUUUGUUCCAACCACCUGGAUUUGUUAAUUAGCACAAUUCUUUAGCCAGGAGGUAGAAUUAUUUAGUGAAAUCAGCUGGCUGAGUUCAUGGGUGGAAGAAACACGUGGCAAAGAAACUUGGGUGUGUAUUAGGGGUAGGUUUUCAGAUUUAGCUCAUUACACUCAGUCCCUUAUCUCACAGACCCAUUCACAAGCAUACAUACAUCUCACCGAGACACCCUCACACACACAAACACACACACUAGCAUAUACACCAUUACACACUGCAACAUAGACACACACACACACAUACACAUACACAUACCACAUAGAUACACUCAGCACACGCAAAUAUACAAAUACUUUGAGCGUACAAGGUGAACACAGACAUUCAUACACUCAAACAGUAUAUUACUAAAUGCACAUAUUUUCAGACCCUGUGUGUGUAUGUGUGUGUGUGUGUGUGAGCGUGUGUGUGUGUGUAUAUGUGUGUGUGCCUGUGAAUGUGCGAGUGUGUGUGUGUGUGUGCCUGUGAAUGUGCGAGUGUGUGUGUGUGUGUGUGUGUGCCUGUGAAUGUGCGAGCGUGUGUGUGUGUGUGCGUGUGUGUGUGCCUGUGAAUGUGCGAGCGUGUGUGUGCGCGUGCAUGUGUGUGUGUUCAUGUGUGCGUGCGUGCGUGCGUUUGCGUGUGUGUGCGUGCGUGCCUGCAUGCGUGUAUAUAUAUAUGUGUGUGUGUGUGUGUGUAUAUGUCUAUGUUGUGUGUGUGUUCCUCCAUACCAUAUUUAUUUGACCCGAUUCGCGGCUCCGUUGUUGACCUAUUUCAGUGUGCAGUGGGCUCCUGCUGCCUGACCUGUAUAUGAUAAUGUAAUUUUAAAAAUAUAUUAUAUUGUAACUGUGUAACUGUGUGGAGCUGAACGUGCAAUCUAGCAACACACAGAACAGUUAAGAAAAGUGUAUUUGUAAAUGCUUUUUUACAUUUUCUUUUGUCCUUCUGCAAGGGAGAGCUGGGGGCAGGGGGACGUGUUGUGGAAACUCUAUUUUAGCAGUCUUGGAAAAUGUAUGUAUGUUUAGACUCUAGUGCUGUAAUCCUUUCUCCAAUCUAGUAUUGUGCCUGUUCAUCUUAAAGGUAAAAAAAAAAAAAAAAAAGUAAUUCCAAAAAUGAAUAAUGAUAAUGACUAUAUAGUUACAAAAUAAACCUGAAUCAAAGUU